AUGUCCUCCCCAGGCAAUGGGAGAGGAGACAAGAUUGGAAGUGAGUGGGAAAGACUGAUUCCUGAUGGCGCACUUGAUGAAACGAUAGUGAGGAUAUCAGGUGAUGAAAGGGUCGAGACUGCUUGUGAAAGGCUAGUUUCCAGUGACGAAGUCUCAUGUUUGCUUGUCACCAAGACCACCCCCGAUGGCAAGCCUCAUGAAGAGUACCUUGGACUAUUCGAUUUCGCCGAUGUGAACGUGUUCCUUCUUCUGGCUAUAGGAGCGUAUGUACCCUCAAGUGAAGAAUUAGCGCAAGACUCCCAACAUGCAGGCCAGCUGCGAACGAUUAUAACUGCUGUUAAAGAAGGAUCCGAUGUUUUCGUUAAAGAUGCUUUCAACCUUUCUGAGAAGAAUGACCUACUAUUGCUCCAGGAGGACCAAUCAACUGUUAUUUCCCUGCUCCAGGCUUUCUCCCAAGGGAGACAUUGCAUUGUGAUUAGAAAGAUGGAUGGCACCGUCAAGGGUGUCUUGUCCGAUCGACGAUUCGUUCGAUGGCUUGCAGAUGAUGUGAGCACCCAUCUUGCCCGCCUGUUCGUUCUUCAUCCUGGAUUCCAAUUCCCACCAUACAUGACAUCACAGGAAAACAAGUUUUCGGACGUAGAAUCUACACUGGCAUUGCCUCUAUGCGAGCUUGAGAUAGGUGUUAACAAACACGUUGUAUCACUGUCGAGUGAAGCUUCCGUCUUGGAUGCAAUGCGACUUAUGUGUGAAGAGAAUGUCAGCAGUGUCGCCGUCGUUGACACCCAAAACUUACUCUCGGCCGUGUCCGUCACCGAUAUCGGAAAGCUAGUGGCUACUUCUGAAGACCGUGCUGUUCUAACGCUUCCUCUUAAUCAGUUUAUUUCAAUGAUCAAGUUUCAGCACGGCUUCACUGACGGCGAGGAUCUAUAUCCAGUGUAUAGCGUGACUCCUCUGAGCUCCUUCAAACAUACCAUUGAUUUGCUCUUGGCUACUAACGCCCAUCGAGCAUUUAUUACGGCCACACCGUCCUCCUCACCUACUCUCAACCCUGUGCAGCCUCGCUCAGGAUCUUUCAUGCGGAUGCUUCCCUCGCCAUAUUCCGUUGAAUCAUCACCUCCGACUCCAUCUGGACUUUCGCCUACUACGGGUCCGGCUUCACCGUUGUAUGGGGUCGUUUCGGUAGUGGACAUACUUUUAGUUAUCGCACGCAUUGCAGGACUAGUCAACAUCGAUCCUAAUGCGAUCCGCGGGCAGAGGAAACAUAUGCGAACGAGCUCUCUGAAUUCCACUGGCGUUUAUGCUGGCAGCCUUGGACGCUCAUCGCCAAUGAACCAAAGGACAAGAUCGAUGUGAAUACAACAAAUUUCUUGGUAUUGCAUGUAUAUAAUUAAUAAUGAAUAACUGCCGCCCACCGACUUCCCC